AAGAGAAACAACUGACACAUGAACCUGCAGCGGAUUUUAUCUUAAAAGUAUCUUAAAAGUUAACGAGAAGCGUCAGAUACGGAUAUUUUCCGGCAUCGUUGUCUUAUAUUAAAUACAGGAACCGUAGUUUGGAUCAGGGUUAAGCAGAAGAAACUGGACGGUUUAAAAACACCCAGACGUUUGUCUCCUGCACGACAAAACAAACUGGCUGAGGAGAUGCAGCAGCAGGAGCAGCUGGAGUGGGACGGCGUGAACAAGCUGUUGCAGCGCCGCGGGUUCAAGCCGGUUCUGUUCUCCGACCCGGUGGAGAACCGGAGCCUCGCAGACCUGGUCCUGCUGGACAGGAAGUCCUCCGGAGACGUGAGGGCCACGCUGAAGCUGAUGCUGACGGACUCGGAGAGGAGGCAGACGCUGAUCCAGGAGCUGGUGACGGCCAACAACCUGCUCAAAGAAGAGGCCCAGAAACACCUGGACCGAGCGGCUCAGCAGACCCGGAGAGUGGCGGAGCUGGAGAGUCUGCUGGACCAGGUGAAGACCAGAGUCCAGGACCUGGAGGACCGGUUCCUCUGCAACACGGUGCAGCUGCAGCAGGACGACAAGGACGCAAAGAGACGCUGCGAGUCUCUGGAGCAGAAGCUGUCGGCGCUGGAGGACGAGGCGGCGGCGCUGCAGAGGAAGCUCUACUUCACGGUGAAGGAGGAGGAGCAGCGUCUGGCCCGGCAGACCCAGAGCUUCCAGAACAUCUGCAAGCGGGUCGGCCGGCAGGACUCUGAACCGGACCGGCAGGUGCUGGACGUCAUCGACUUCUACGAGACCAGAGUCGCCCGGCUGCAGGACCAGCUCAGAACCGGCCAUCCUCCCAGACUCCCUGAAGGAGACGGUCCAGCUGAGCGGGUUCAGACCACCAGAGACCGGUCCCGGGGCUCAAGGGGGUCCCGGGGGUCCAGGAAGUGUGUCCUGUACCACCAGCUGCUGACGGAGAUCCACGCCGUCGUCACCCGUCCCGGUUCUCCGCCCAGACCCAGCAGACUCCGGGAACCGGGCUCCCCGGACCUGGACCUGGACCUGGAGCAGUUCCGGGUCGUCCUGCCCACGCUGGAGGACUGGUCCCAGCAGCUCCGCCUGCUGAAGGAUCUCCAGGUGAGGAUGCGGCGGUUGCUAGGCAACCUGUUGCCCAGCGACCCGUUGCCGUGGCAGCCGGCUGACGGAGACCCAGCAGACCCGGUGAAGGUGGAGGAUCUGCUGCUGCUGGUGGACGUCCUGCUGGACAACACGUCCCCCGAUAAGCAGACCCCCAGGACCCCGACCCGGUUCUCCCUGGCCUCCAUGGUGUCCCACUUCCAGGUUCUGUUUGACGUCCCGACCCCCCGGGGGGUCGUCCCCCGCAUGACCCAGGUCUACACCCGGCUGGGGGAGCUGAGCACGGCCAUGCGGGCCCUCCGGGACCUGCUGGACCUGGACAGCAGAGCUUCUCCUGCCCAGGUGGUGGACCAGGUUUCCUCCCGGGUUUCCUCCCGGGUUUCUCCCCGACAACCCGCCGCCCUGCUGGCCGACGCCCACAUUCACAGCAUCAUGACCAAGCUGCAGCAGCACGACCAGUUCCUGCCGGCGUUCCAGAACCUCGUCACCGACAUCCUGCAGGUUCUGGGUGUGAGCCGUCUGGACGACAUCCUUCCUGCUCUCAGGGCCCUGAAGGGACCGGGGGACCCGCUGUCCAGGUGAAGGACCGAGGCCCCGCCCCCCAGAAUAAAUAUUAAUUAAUGAACUAACUAACCUGGACCGGACCUGCAGGACCUGCAGGACCUCGACCCGUUGGACCUGAUGUUUCUCUUCACGGCAGAAAUAAAUAUCCUGAUACAAAUAAAGACUUUUUUUUUUAAACUUUAUUUUUUCAGGUUUACAGCAAUACAAGGAAACAAGGGGGGACACUACUGUCUUAUAUAAUAAUGCCAUUUUGUCCAUCUUGCUAAGCACAUCUCUGUUUUACGGAAGAGUAUUAGAGCCAGGCAGGAGAAAAAUAAAAAUAAUAUUUUAGAGGAGGAGGAUUUUUUUUUCAUUAUGCACAAUGAAAAAAGUCAAAAUUUCGUGAAUAAAGUUGAAAUGUUGAGAAAAAAGUUGAAAUGUCGAGAAAAAAGUUGAAAUGUCGAGAAAAAAGUUGAAAUGUCGAGAAAAAAGUUGAAAUGUUGAGAAAAAAGUCGAAAUGUCAAGAUUAAUGUUGAAGUACAAUUUCAAGAAAAAGUCGAAAUGUUGAGAAAAAAGUCAAAAUUUCGUGAAUAAAGUUAAAAUGUUGAGAAAAAAGGCGAAAUUUCGACUUUUCAACUUUACUUUUUUCUCGAAAUUGUACUUCAACAUUAAUCUCGACAUUUCGGCUUUUUUCUCGAAAUGCAUAAUGAAAAGAAAUCUUCUUCUUCAUGGCCCUAAUACUCUUCUGUACUGUUUUAAGUCGU